AUGCACGUUGGUGGGGCACUAGGCAUUGUUACGGCAGCAUUUCUGUGGGGCAUCAGCAACGUUUUGCUGAAGCUUUGGUCGUCGAGAGACAAAGCUGUUACGUGGCCAAAAGGGUCGCUGCUUUCAUUCAGCGGCAUUGGGGCGAAAACGUUGGUGGCUUUUAUCGUUAACCAGUGCGGCUCUGUCGUUUAUUUCAUAUCAUUGAAAUGUCUGCCAUUAACCAUUGCGGCUCCAGUCACCAACGCAUUGACACUCGUCAUCACCGUCUGUGCCGAUCAUUGCCUUGUGCUUCAUCGAAAGCGCCACAACUGGAAGACGUGGAUCGGCUGUUUAUUCGUUGCGGCUGGCAUUAUGCUUUGUCUUCUCGACAGCCGCUAG